UCCUUGAAGGUGCUUUAUCCAAAUGCAUGUGGCCCCUCCGUGUUCCCCUUUCUUUCCCUUCUGAGGCUUAGCAGGCAGCUUGGUCAUCAUGGAGGAUGAGUGUUUGACAAGCUGUGGGGAGGAGACAUUGAAACUUCUGAAGCUUCUGAGCUCAAAAUGUCUUUUAUUUGUUCAAGGUCAAGUUCCUGUCGAGAUGUCCUGCCAGCAGAACCAGCAGCAGUGCCAGCCCCCUCCUAAGUGCACCCCCAAGUGUCCCUCCCCAAAGUGCCCCCCAAAGAGCCCAGCACAGUGUUUGCCCCCAGCUCCCUCUGGCUGUGCUCUGAGCUCUGGGGGCGGCUGUGGCCCCAGCUCCUCGGAGGGUGGCUGCUGCCUGAGCCACCACAGGCAUCACCGCAGGUCCCACCGCUGCAGGCGCCAGAGCUCCGAGUCCUGUGACACUGGCAGUGGUCAGCAUCCUGGGGGCUCGGGCUGUGGCCACGGCUCUGGGGGCUGCUGCUGACCUGGAUCUGAUGCUGAGACAAGCGACUUGAGAGGAGACAAGAAGCCAGCGGAGAAGCCCCCGCUGGGCCCAGCCUCUCCCAGACACCCCAUUCUAAUAUUCCCAGGCUGGUUGCUGAAAUGUUCUUGGGGGAGGGGUGAGCACUCCCCAGAAGAUACGAGGCAUGUAUUUUCCAAGCUUCUGGGCAGCCCCUCCCCUCAGUGUUAUCAUCUGUGUCUAACCAGGUAGAAAAAUAAAGCCUGUUCU